AUGUAGGCUGAUCAACUAACAGAAGAACAGAUUGCCGAAUUCAAAGAGGCGUUUUCGCUAUUCGACAAGGAUGGAGAUGGUACCAUUACCACCAAAGAACUUGGAACCGUAAUGAGGUCUUUAGGCCAAAAUCCGACUGAAGCUGAACUCCAAGAUAUGAUUAACGAGGUCGAUGCUGAUGGCAACGGCACGAUAGAUUUCCCAGAGUUCUUGACUAUGAUGGCCCGCAAAAUGAAGGAUACCGAUAGUGAGGAAGAAAUCAGAGAGGCUUUCCGUGUAUUUGAUAAGGAUGGUAACGGCUUUAUUAGUGCAGCUGAGCUGCGUCACGUUAUGACUAACCUUGGAGAAAAGCUCACCGAUGAGGAGGUUGAUGAGAUGAUCAGGGAAGCUGACAUUGAUGGUGAUGGUCAAGUCAACUAUGAAGAGUUCGUGACCAUGAUGACUUCUAAGUGAAAUGUGUUUCAAUAUUAAUUAUUAUUAUGUAAUUUUUUAUCAUAUUUUUUUUUUCAAAAAAAAAGGAAGAAAUUAACCUGCAUUUUUUUUUUUUUUUUGUUCGAGUAAGCUUUAAAAAGAUAAUGUGAUUAUCGAAAAGUAAACAAAGAUUAAUUAUCUUUUUACCACAUGUGGAACUCUGUGAACUUUUUUUUGUGUUGAGAUAUUCGUUAUACUAUCAUCUAUAUGGUUAAUUUUUUUUCAAUUUCACCAAAAUCAGUUCUUUUGUUUGGCAGUAAAUCUGCCGUGUAAAUUUUGUAAAAAAAAAAAAACAACUAUCCGACGGCAACGUGUUUUUUCUUUUUUAAAUAUUACAAUUUUUUCUUUUCAGUUUUUGCUAGCAAUGUUUUCAUCUUAACAUAUUAUAUUAUUAUAUAUACAAUUAUGGUAAUAUGAUAUAAAAAUAAUAAUAAUAAUCUUAAGUAUGAAAAAUUAUAUUAUAAAUAAUUUGUUGUUUUACACUUUAAAACAUAAUUUUAAAAUCUUGUAAUUUUUACGAUUAAUUAUAAUCUCCAGUGUUUUAGUAAUUUAUUAUUAUUAUUAUUAUUAUUAUUAUAUAAAUAUUAAUUAUUAAAUAUUAGGGACGUUUUCACAUUCCUCACUCACCGAUAAAGUUACAAAUUUUUUUUUUUAAAUGAGCUAUAAUAAAUCAAUCAACAAUAUUCAAAACAUUUUACAUACUAUUUUGGCAUGAUAAUAUUUAUUAGCCUAUUACAAAUAAUUGUAAUUUUUUUUUUAUGAUUAUUAUAAUUUUUAAAAAGUAUACAAAAAGACACACAUUAAACGUUUUAUUUCUUCACUUGUAAAAAGAGAAUUGAAAUUUUUUUAUUUAAUCCUCAAUUAUUUUCAAGUUUUAUGGUAACAUUACAAUAUGCACGUCUGCCACACACGCAUAAACACCCACAUCCAUUCGGUUAAAUGUAAUAUGCAAAGAAUACACUGUAUUGGUAUAUAUAUUAUAAUAUAUAUAUAUAUAUGAAUACACCUAAUAUAUUUUAUUGUUACUAUACCAUUUCUUGAGAUAAUACUGUAUACAUGUAUACAGUUUUGUUUCGCCUUAACCUUUGUGUAAUUGUCGAAAGUCAAUGGUAUAUCAUAAUAUUUUGUGGUGUCGGACGUGAAUAACUUUAAUUUUUUUUAUACAUAAAUACCUAAUGUAUUUGAAAUAAAAUUAUUUAUUAAUAUAUGUUUCUGCGGUGCAUGGUGUAUGUCGACAUUUAUUUGUUUCGUUUAAAAUAAAACGUCUUCAUCUAUAAUGGAGAAACAUGUUCAGAUGAGAGAGAACACCAGUACAGAAUUGCCAUGUGUACCGGAUGAUUGCUGCCAUUUACCGACUUGAGCUUUUUCCAUUAUCUCUUCACCAUCAUCCUGCGCCUGCAGUAUUAUAAUAAUUGUUAGUUUGACGCGCAUUAGUGUACUAAAUUUGAAUUUUUUUCUUCGUAUAUAUUAUAUAAUAUAUAUAUUUUUUAUUUAUUUAUUUACUAGGUUAUUUUAUAUUUUAAUCUGUUUUACUAGACUUUUGUUUGAUAACCGCAGUUGUCCUACUUUUUGUCUAAUAAACACAUUUUAUCAUUGUUUA